ACAGUGGUAUUAAGCUUCAUUAUCUUAUAUAUGUAUGUAUGCAUGUACAUAUGUAUGGAUGUGUACAAUACAAUUCCAUACUUACACUACAGCGGGACUGACUUGUCGAUAGGCGAAGGCGCCACAAGCGCCACAGUAGGUGUAGCCAGCAUGUCUAGGAGUCGUCCAAAAAAAAAUGAAUUACAUUUAAUAUUAGAUGUUAUUAACUUACGGCGCAAUAAUUGCACGUGCCGGUCCGUGUGAAAGUUCGGCAGCAACCAGCCAGCGAUCCAAUUGACGUGACAACUCCGGACCUAGAAAAUUCAGGUUUUACUAAGGCACUAUACUUGCUUGUUAAUUCUUAAUGUGCCUUAGUAACCAACCCAGCUGUGUACUUUGCCUAGCAAUAUUCUUCUUAAUUCAUUAUUUGGUUUUCGGCACCGAAGAUAACAGUUUUACUUACAAUUUAUCGACAAAUACAUAAAAUAUAAAAAAAAAAAUAACUUUUUUAAGAAUUGUUUAAAAAUUUAUCAAUAGCAAAAAUGGCUGAGGGCGAUAAUUCAACAAACGGGCUUUAUGAUCUUAUACGAAAAGAGAUGAACUCAAUUAUCAACGAAAUCGGCGAGGAGUCCAAAAAUAUGAAUGCAACAUGCAGCACACGCUUAGAGACUGAAGGGGACGCAGAUCAACAACAGGAACAGCCCAUACAUAACUCCGAGAAAAUAACAACUUCAGACAACAUUCCGCUAACAGGCACAACAGAUACUAAAAUUAAAAAGGAACAUCUUCCGACAUUACUCUCUACAAAGCUAUUGCAACUUCCUAGAGAGGAAACUCAAAGUGCAGCUAUCGACACUGAUCUACAAAAUAUGCGUUGUGAUCUGCAACAAAGUUAUGAGCUUUUCCUAACGAUGGGCGAAAGAUUCCAAGCCAUUAAUUUUAGUUCACUCAAAACUCGCAUUAAAGAUAUGCACCUCGCUAAAAAGGACCGCACUGUUUCACUAGAAGACGAAAUUAAGGAAAUAUUACAAAUACAUUACAGGAAUAAUACGCUGGACAAGUUGACAGUAGAAAUGGGGGAAAAAUUCCAACGGCAUCCUGGAGAAUUCGGUAACAUACCAGAGUUGAGUGAGUUCUUUCAAACAUGCACACAACUACAGCACGGUCUAGAGCAGCUUAAAAGACAACGUCAUUCGGUUGACGAAAUGGCGAAACGCCUUUCCCGUGCUACGGAAAUAUCAUAUGCACGCAUCGAUGAUAUAAACAAAACAAUGAUGUCUAGACAGCCCGGCCAAGAUUCAGAGCUCAAAAAUUAAUGGUUUAUUAUUAUAUAUUAUAUAUGUACUUCAAAUGUUUUUUGAUCAUAUACAUGCCGAAAUAUGUUUGAAGUGGUUUAUUUCACGUUUGCCUAAUGCCCUUGUGGUUUUGUGGGGUACGGUUUAGUUAUUUCUACGAUUUUGGGUUGCUGGACCCGAACGCGUGACCCGAAUCAAAAACCUUGUAGAAAAAGAGUCUACGCCUCCCAGAAAAUAAUUUAGGUAGGCCUUUUUAAGUGAAUCCAUUCUAAGAGGCCUAUUCAAGAAGGGCUGAGAAAAGUGCUUCCUUGCAUGCCUUCUAGAAAAGCUUAUUCGUUUACAAACUAC